UCCUCCUCCUCCUCGGCCUCCACCUCCUCUCCGUCCUCAGGCUCAGCCGCCGCGCCGCCGGGCUGCUCCUCCUUCCUCCCCGGGCGACCGCGGCGAUGUUCAACCGCGCGGUGAGCCGGCUCAGCAGGAAGCGGCCGCCGUCAGACAUCCACAGCAACGAUGGGAGUCCCGGCAGCAGCCACCAGAACCCCAAGAGCACAGCCAAAUGGGCUGCCUCUCUGGAGAAUCUGCUUGAAGACCCAGAAGGCGUGAAAAGAUUUAGGGAAUUUUUAAAAAAGGAAUUCAGUGAAGAAAAUGUUUUAUUUUGGCUAGCAUGUGAAGAUUUUAAGAAAACACAGGAUAAGAAGCAGAUGCAGGAAAAGGCCAAAGAGAUCUACAUGACCUUUCUGUCCAGUAAGGCCUCGUCACAGGUCAACGUCGAGGGGCAGUCCCGGCUCAACGAGAAGAUACUGGAAGAACCUCACCCACUGAUGUUCCAGAAACUCCAGGACCAGAUCUUCAACCUCAUGAAGUAUGACAGCUACAGCCGCUUCUUGAAGUCUGACUUGUUUUUAAAACACAAGCGAACAGAGGAAGAGGAGGAAGAUCCGCCGGAUGCCCAAACGGCAGCGAAAAGGGCUUCGAGAAUUUAUAACACAUGAGUCCCAGAGAGCCGGCAGGACGGACGGCUCUCGGAGGCGAAGGAACUCACUCUCGGGACCAUGCAGGGUUCAUAAUUGCUUUGUUAUCUGUAAGGACUGAAAGGCGCAACCCCUCUUCCGUGGGAUGUGUGUAUUUUAUUAACUGCUUGACCAGUAAGUUUUGCAUGAUGGCUAAUCUUACAUAAAAAAACAAAUAGCUUGGAAGUUUUAGUUCUCACACACACACACACACACACACUCACGUGCAGAAGACUCCUUAAACACUGCACACUUUGAGCAUUUUGUAGCUUCAUUAAAUGUCCUGUGAGGCCACCAGGCAAAUUUA